ACUUGGCGGUGGUGUAUAACACAAUUCUAACUUUGCCGAAACGUUGAAAUGGUCAUAGAUUCCUAGUUUCAGCAAGAAACAAAUACUAAGAUGACAGGAAUUAGAAACAACAAAGGCACUCUUUUUCUUAGCUCUAUGGAUUUCUUCUAAUUAAAGAGAACCCUUUAUCUCUUCUCUCUUAUAUAUGAAAGGGUUUGCAUAGGCAGUAAGCAGAACACCGAUGCAGAAGACCUCAGCUUAGUGUAUAAAAUGAGAAAAAGAUUCACAAAGUAUGGCUAAAAGUCUAUACGCAUCAUCCAACCCUCUCAAUCUCUCCGUCUUGGGACAAUCAGUAGGAAAAGGCGACAGAAGAAUUGGCACUGGAGUCUCCUAUUACAGAACCUAACAUUACUCACAAGAUGGAGAUUGGGAGUGGCCCUUCGUCGCGACACCAUCCACAACCUUUUUCUCAAAUUCACAAGGUGGAAAGGCCUCCUAAGCAAAAUGUUCUCACAGAAUUUCAAACUGUUAUCAAGGAAACUUUCUUCCACGAUGAACCCUUACGUGCUUUUCGGGGCCAAAGAAGUCAUACAAAGUUUUAUCUUGUACUCCAAGCAAUUUUCCCGAUUCUUGAAUGGGCAAGAAGCUACAACCUACAAAAGUUCAGAGGUGACCUGAUUGCUGGACUCACCAUAGCUAGCCUGUGUGUCCCUCAGGAUAUUGCAUAUGCAAAGCUAGCAAAUCUUGAUCCCCAAUAUGGGUUAUACUCUAGCUUUGUUCCACCUCUUAUUUAUGCCUGCAUGGGUAGCUCCAGAGAUAUUGCCAUAGGACCAGUGGCCGUGGUGUCUCUUUUGAUUGGAACUAUGGGGCAGAAUGAGAUUGAUCCAAAGAAAAAUGCUCUUGCUUAUAGGCGUCUUGUAUUCACUGCUACCUUUUUUGCUGGAGUCACUCAAUUCGCACUUGGUUUUUUCAGAUUGGGUUUCUUAAUUGACUUUCUGUCUCAUGCUGCCAUUGUUGGAUUCAUGGCUGGGGCUGCCAUUACUAUAGGCCUUCAACAGCUCAAAGGUCUUCUUGGUAUAACAAACUUCACAAAGAACACUGACAUUAUUUCGGUGAUGCAUUCAGUUUUUGGAUCAGUACAUCAUGGGUGGAACUGGCAGACCAUAGUAAUUGGGUUGUCAUUCUUGGCCUUCCUUUUGCUCACCAAGUACACCGCCAAAAAAUACCCCAAAUUAUUUUGGGUAUCUGCUAUUGCUCCAUUGACCUCUGUCAUAGUAGCCACAUUCUGUGUAUUUAUUACCCGUGCUGAUAAGGAAGGUGUAGCAAUUGUGAACCGUAUAGAAAGGGGCAUAAACCCAUCAUCUGCUCAUGAAAUCUAUUGGACUGGAGAUUUAUUUCUCAAAGGUUUUAAGAUCGGUGUGGUAGCAGGUUUAAUAGCAUUGACGGAAGCUAUAGCGAUUGCUAGAACAUUUGCUGCUGUGAAGGACUACAAUGUGGAUGGGAACAAAGAAAUGGUGGCAAUGGGAACUAUGAACAUUGUUGGCUCCAUGACAUCUUGUUAUGUAGCUACAGGAUCAUUCUCUCGCUCUGCAGUAAAUUUCAUGGCUGGCUGCAACACAGCAGUUGCCAACAUUGUGAUGUCUUGUGUUGUUCUUCUAACAUUGGAAUUCAUCACACCAUUGUUUAAGUACACCCCAAAUGCUGUACUUGCUUCUAUCAUCAUUGCAGCGGUGUUUCCCCUAGUUGACAUUCCAGCUGCGAUGCUACUAUGGAAGAUUGAUAAAUUCGAUUUUCUUGCUUGUAUGGGAGCCUUCUUUGGUGUGGUCUUUAAAAGUGUGGAGAUAGGCCUUUUAAUUGCGGUGGCUAUAUCCUUUGCCAAAAUCCUCCUACAAGUUACAAGGCCACGGACUGCAGUACUCGGGAGGCUCCCAGGGACUCAUGUUUUCAGGAAUGUGGAGCAAUAUCCUAAUGCAAAAACUGUUUCUGGAAUUAUGAUUAUUCGAGUUGAUUCUGCAAUCUACUUUUCAAACUCCAACUAUAUUAAGGAGAGGAUUUUGAGAUGGCUAAGCAAUGAAGAAGAAGAUUUGAAGAUAAACAAUCAGCCCAGAAUCAAAUAUCUCAUCAUUGAAAUGUCACCUGUUACCGAUAUUGACACUAGUGGUAUCCAUUCAUUUGAAGAGUUAUAUAAGACACUUCAGAAUAGAGAUGUUAAGCUUGUUUUAGCAAACCCCGGGGCAAUCGUGACCGAAAAGUUGCAUGCAUCGGAGUUUACAAAAAGGAUCGGCGAAGACAUGAUCUUUCUCACAGUUGCAGAUGCUAUUGAAAUGCUGUCGCCGAGAAUUAAAGAACUACUAUAAAAUAUAUUACGAGUGAGGGUGUUGUGAAAGAAUGCAAAUAGCUAAUUAAGGUGUGAAGUUGGGGUGUUUAAAUUUCAGCCUGGGACAUUAACUCUGUACACUUUCUUUGUGGAUUGCACAUCAUAACUCCCAAAACGUUGCAAGGGAUAAUAGGCCAUCCACUACCUUGUGAUGAGAUUAUGUCGAUGACUUUAAUUGUGGAUGAGAGUAGUAGCCAGUAGGACAAGCAAUACCCAUCAACUAGUAAUAUUGUUAGUUUUAGAAAAUCAUCAAUAAUCGUGAGUGCCAUUGUUGUUGCAGUAGUUCGGGCACACCAUAUCAGAGCUCAUGUGAUAAAAAGGGUUCUCCCUCCACCUGCAACCCUAAUGAAUUCUAUUAUUAUUUUUUGGUUCAAUAGGUAUGCUGACGAAAAGAGGCGAUAAACGUUGAAGAGGAGGCGAAGGAGGUGGGAGUAAAUUACCCAUAAAGUGACCAAAGUUGUUGAGAAUGUUAAUAAUAAUAAUAAUAGUAUUAUUAUUACGACUCAAUGAACUCUUUAUCCUUCUACGCGAUUUGAUAACGAGGAAUUCGAUUAUGUGAGAAAGGACAAUGCCGAUGUCAAUAGAGGUAAGAAGAGGAAGAGGAAACCUGUAAAAACGCAAUUGUUUGAAGUCAAUAAUGUAGAGUAUAAUUGGAUUUUUGUACAUGAAUGUUUUCAUUGGAGGAGUGGUGUUGGAAAUGUGAUUUUAGAUUAUCAUGAA